AUGAGUGAGAAUUUCGAAAUAAUUUGCUUCAAACACUGCGACGAGCGUUCGAUAUUCUGCAGAGAGGUGCCCCGAAGCUGUCCCACUUGCGCCGAAGUCAUAACCGAUUUUUCGCACACUCCCUUCCAACUGCCGAACCCGUUCUCCAACGGGAGGGACAAGCCCACGUCGAUAAUCAUGAAACCAUCGUCAGGAAUCUUCCUGGACGUGUCUUACAGACCGGUUGAUGAUCUGCACAUCGGCAUUGUCGAUUCAAAGCGCCGAAUUUUCGAAUACGAUCAGCGGGGGUUCGUCUUCAAUGACUUCACCAAGUGGAGGCACUGCAUAUCGUUCGACGGACUAGUCCCCGAGUCUUGGUCCGAGCAUUGGGACAAUGUCCUCGUGGAUUUGUCGAGAAGCCCCCAGUGGAAGGAUUCUCAUUACCACCCGGUGGAAUUCAAUUGCUUCGAUUUUAUUCUCGAGUUCAUAAAGAAACUCGGUUGCAAGGAUUUUUUGUAUGAGAGCAAAGAACAUGUCUGUAGGGACCUGAUUUUACCUAAGAUGAAGGACGCAUUGAGGUACAUUGCGAUUUAUAACAGCUUGAGGGAUGCGAAUUGUUAUAUCAGAUGA